GGCAACGUCCUGGUCAUGUACGGCAUCGUCCGGUACACCAAGAUGAAGACGGCCACCAACAUCUACAUCUUCAACCUGGCCCUGGCGGACGCGCUGGCCACCAGCACGCUGCCCUUCCAGAGCGCCAAGUACCUGAUGGAGACGUGGCCCUUUGGGGAGCUGCUCUGCAAGGUGGUGCUCUCCAUUGACUACUACAACAUGUUCACCAGCAUCUUCACCCUCACCAUGAUGAGCGUGGACCGCUACGUUGCCGUUUGCCACCCGGUCAAGGCCUUGGAUUUCCGCACGCCGACCAAGGCCAAGGUCAUCAACGUCUGCAUCUGGGUGCUCUCCUCCGUCAUCGGGGUGCCCAUCAUGGUCAUGGCAGUCACCAAGUCGAAAGGCAAGUGGCUUCGGGGGAAAGACGGGAUGGUGCUGUGCACACUGCAGUUUCCUGAUCCUCCCAUCUACUGGGACACCGUGACCAAGAUCUGCGUCUUCAUCUUUGCCUUCAUGGUCCCCAUCCUGGUCAUCACCAUCUGCUACGGGCUGAUGAUCCUGCGCCUGAAGAGCGUCCGCCUCCUCUCGGGCUCCAAGGAGAAGGACCGCAACCUGCGGCGCAUCACACGCAUGGUGCUGGUGGUCGUGGCAGCCUUCAUCAUCUGCUGGACGCCCAUCCACAUCUUCGUCAUCGUCUGGACGCUGGUGGACAUAGACAAGAAGAACCCCUACGUGGUGGCCAGCCUGCAUUUCUGCAUCGCCCUGGGCUACACCAACAGCAGCCUCAACCCCGUCCUUUACGCUUUCCUGGAUGAAAACUUCAAGAGGUGUUUCCGAGAGUUUUGCCUGCCCUUCCGAGCCCGCGUGGAGCAGAACAGCUUCUCCCGAGCCCGAAACACUAUGCGGGAGCAGGUCUCCACAUGCACCCCCUCCGAGGCCCGCACCAAGCCGGCAUGA